CCGACCCAGCAGGUUAGUCAACACUGACUGCAAGUCAUCCUGACUACAUACUUUUUAAACAGCUGCGGAGGGGUGCUGUUAGUGUGCUAGCUAGCUGCUGUAGUAGCAGUCAAUAAACUAGGUUAGAGAGCUUGCUUGCUGUCACUUUCUAAACGCUGUUUAGCUACUUAGCUUUGCUACCGAAACGCACAUGGAUCCUCAAAACACUGGGGCGAAGAUGUUGCUCAGCCACGCCAAGACACUCAGGCUUCACACCGGGAACUUAGUCAACAGAAGUCGUCUGAAAAAGAAGUGUCCAUGCUCGCCCAGCGAAGAGCUUCAAGACUGCAUUAAAGCCACACUGAGUGACUGGUUUUCCACAACAAAACCACCAUCGGAGGACCUUCCAGAUACAGUGGACUGCUCCAUUCCCCAGGCGACAGACGCCAUCACACCUGAAGAGAGGGAAGAGCUUAAGGUUUCAGCAAAGCUGUUCUUGUGUGAGUCGGGUGAGUCUUCCAUCAGAGAUGCAGUUGAGUUGGCCUGUCAGACUCUGUCAGUGUCCCAGCUUGACUCUGUCAUCAUAGCGCCACCUGGGCCUCUGGAGGGUGACAACCAAACUUUGGCCCACCUUCAGCCAGCCUGGGAGGAACUGGAGGCUUUGGUCAGAAGCCAGAGGAUUGCAGCAAUUGGCACCUCUGACCUAGACAAAGACCUGCUGGAACAGCUGUACAACUGGGCCCAGGUGAAGCCCAGCAGUAACCAGGUCAACCUGGCCUCCUGCUGUGUGAUGCCUCCUGACCUGACUGCAUUCGCUAAGGAGUUUGACAUCCAACUGCUCACACACAACGACCCCAAAGAGCUGAUGUCGGCAGCCACAUUCCAGGAGGCAGUACAGGAGGGAACACACGACCUGAAAAUUGCUGACUGGAGACUCGAGUGGGUCCUGCGCUACUCCAUUAUUGUCAAGAGCAGGGGCAUCAUCAAGGCUAAAGGCUACCUUGUCAGUGCGAAGAAGGCGAGCCCCUAGCACACCCCACCAGAGAAGAAAACACAGGGAUGAAGCCAUUUUCCUCCUUUUUUCAUUUACACACACAAAACAUGCAAAGUAAUGGAAUAACGGAUUCUGCCAGUCACCAUGGGUCUUGAAAUCAUUGUUUUAUCUUUACAAAUAGGGUUGCAUCUUGAUUAUCUAUGAUUUCUUCAGUUUAACAGAUGCAGGUAUUCAUUACCAUCAUCACAGCAAGAUCAAAAAUAGGGGAUGGACUUGCAAGAUCAACUCCGGUGUCAGUUUUGAGUAAACAGACAGCAGGAUGAGAGUGAAAGUGAUCACAGUAGAGUAUCACAGACGUAGCUCUCUCCAUGACCAGUACUUUUGAUAGUGUAACCAUUUAUCAACAUGGCAGUUUUUAAGUACGGAAAAAAUGUAGGUCUCUGAACUUUUUUAACCAAGGUGGCUCCUUAACCUUGCUCUGAUGUGAAGUGCCUCUCAGCUUUUGCUCCUCCUAUCCUCAUACCUGCUUUGUCUUCACUGUCCAUGUGAAUCAAGCUUUAAAUGUUUAAAUCUAAAUUAAAAGAUUACGAGUAGGUAAAGCAGUCACAAGUAGGUAAAGCAAAAAGAAAAAGCUAGAGGUUUAUUAUUUUUUUAGUACAUAAUUAUUCCAAACAUUUUGAAAGGAGAAAUGGGGAAAGAAACAGAUUUUAUUCUUGUUAUUUAGACUUCUCCAGCUGUGUAUAUAACACCAUUUGCAUUCCUCAAGUCAGAAAACAAUGCACUGUCUAAUCCAACUACAGGAGAGGUGUUUAUUUUAUGAUGCUGAAUUGGGCUUGAUUGGUAAAGCAAUGAGUAUAUAUAACUUAUAAUUUUAUCAUGCUUUUUUUUUCUAACCAUGCGCUAUUAUUGAUGAUGCGUUGAAAUGUUUAUCCCCCUACACUCAUGAGAUGAAUCUGAAGGAUGAAAAUACAUCAAUAUUUUUAAGAUUAUUCAUAGUUGGCUGAUGUCCUCUGUAUGUUGUUACUAUAUCACUGGAAACUCUUGAGGAGAUGUAAAAAAUUUCUUAACUCCGAGGAACACCGUUUUAUUUAUGAAUCAUGGCUGCUGUUGUUAGACAGGGUCCAGUAUAUCUCAUGAAGACAACUUCUCUGUACUGUAAACAUAUUUAAUGUUAUCUGUAUAUCAUGGAUUGGCUUUAUUAAAAUUAUAAAAUGGAUUUGUACCAUCAACA